AUGCCCCAUUGCAUGUUUUCAAAACCAAAGUUUGGAUAAAUGGGAUGUACCAAUUCUUGUGUACACUGUAUGAUGUGUGGGUUUUAUAACGGUCUAUGUUUUUUCUUCACUCAGCAGAUGAAGUAAUUUACUACUAUUGCUACUUUAUCUUUGAUGUAAGCAUUUUUUAUGUUAGUCAAGAGGGACAAACAAAGGGUAAACCAUCUAAAGUGCAGUGACCGCCCAAACUGUUGUCAAGGACAUGCAUAAGUUCAGGAUUUUACUAUAUUUGAAUGUGGCAAUGUCAAAAUAAUUUAUUAAUGUUAUGUCACUUUGUUUUCAGAGAUUUAGUUUGAUGUGUAUGAGAUGGAGAAUGCAUUUUUUUGCUUGGGGAUUCAGUCAUUAUAUUUGCUGCAAAUUUCAUAUUGGAGAAGAAGCAAUAAAGCCAGACAAUGACCUCUUAGGGUUAUCCUGAUACCCAAAAGUUCAAAAAGAUGGAGCAAGUGGAAGUGACUAAAACAGAUGUUGAAAACAAAGUGGAAAGAAUCUUGAAACUCAUCAAGAGGAGAAACGAAGCGAAAAAGGAGCCAGAAAUUGUUGGACUUGUUGAGGACUUUCACAAACAGUACCAAUCUCUCCAUGCCCAGUAUGAUCAUCUUAAACCAGAGUCAGGUAAGAAAGCUCUUGAUGGAAAAGGAAAUGAAAGUUGUUCUUAUGACACCUCCAGCUCAGAUUCGGAAUAUUAUUCCUCCGAGGACGUAGAAAUUAACACCAACAUAGCAUUUAAUAACGAUGGAAGUUCCGAAAGAAGGAUGGCAGAAAACAUCCAGGAAGAACUUGAAAGGGCAUACAUAAAAGUUGCUGACCAGAACCAUCAAAUGACCCUCAAGACUGAAGAGAAGGAAGUUUUAGCUUCAAACCUUCUGGCCGCUUUAAGUAAAAUACAAGAAAUAGAAACCAUCAACAGAGAUUUGAGAAAAGAAGUGGAUGAGAAAGAAAAGAGACUUUCUGCUUCUGGAAAGGUGCGCAAGGGACGGGUAACGGAGCUAGAGGAGCAGUUAAUUGGCUUGAAAACUGAACUGGAAUCUCAGCACCACCAGAAAAGAGAUUUGGAAGCUCAGCUUGAUGGUAAGACAGCUAAAAGUAAACAGCAAGGAGAGACAAAUAAGGUACUGUAUUGGCAGAUUUCAGAGGAAGGAGAUGAAGUAACUAAACUCAUGAAGCAAAUCAAGGACAUUGAAAACAACUUAACAUCUAAAAUUGAGAAUUCAAUGGCACAGAUCAGCAAUCUGAAGAAGGAGGUGGACUAUUUAUGUGCCCAAAAAUGUGAAGCCGGAGGAAGUAUAGCUUGCAAGAGUAAUGAAUCAUUUGAUCCGGCAAAUAUAAUGAAGCAGGAAUUGGAUUGCCUAUGCAGCCAGAAAACUGAGUCAGAAAUUCUGCUAGAGAGGAAAUCUAAAGAAAUCUCCCAGUAUCUGAUUCAAGUGGAAACCCUGAAAAAGGAAUUAGCAAGAAAGAGUGCUGUUGAGCAGAUAAUGGUAGAAGAAAAAGAAGACUUACAGGUGCAGGUGAUGGACUUGGAAUCAGAGGUGGAUGCUCUACGCAAGCAGAAAAAUAAAUCAGAAGAUGAAGAAAGGAGUAAUAUUCGUGAAAUCAAUCAACUGAGAGAAGAAAGGGAUCACCUAAAUGCUAGAAUUCUAGAAUUGGAAGCACCAUUUCGGAAGAGAGGCCAUGAGCUUUCUGCUAUUCAGGACAUCGAAAGUAGAAGGAUUAAAGAAACUGCUCAGAUUAUGACCUCAAAUACGGUGGUUGAACUUCUGCAACAGAAGGUGGAUCCCAUGAAGAUGGAGAAAAGCCAGUUGAAGUUGCAGAUUGCUGAUCAGCAGAGAAUCAUGAAAGAAAGAGAGGAAAGUACCAACAAAUCUAUGGAGUCUAAGUCUAAGCUGUCCAGACGCUUAUCAACAGGAACCAAUUUAAAUUUCCAUGUCCUAGAAAAAAAGAUGAAGGAUUUAGCACAAGAGUUCCACAAGAAAGUUGAAGAUAACAUCCGUCUUUUGUACCAGAGGAUCACGGUUGCUGAAAAAAUGCAUUUUGAGUGCAAAGAUACUUACAAGAAAAUAAAAGAAAGGCUAGAGCAAGAAAAUGGUGCACUUGGAGAAAAGCUUGCCACUUGUGAAGCUGAGUGCAGGAAGUUGAGGGAUUCAAUGGAGCCAGGCAAAAAUGCAUCGACUCCCUUGAAUUCAGUAGUGAAUAAUUUAGAAGACGAUGGAGAUUCCCUGAUCCGCAUUUCAAAUGUAGAAGACGGGCUUGUUUCUACAAAUGACUGCAACACAGGAAGGGAAAAUGAAAUAGAACAGCUGAAGAGUAAUGUGGAUUUAGUGGUAUCAGAAAUUGACAAGGAAAACGAGGAGUCGUUUUUGAGGGAGAAGGCUUUGACUUUGGAAGCGAAGUUGAGGGAGGAAGGAGAAGAAAAGCUGAAGCUGUUGAAAGCCGUGACCGACCUGGAGAAUAGAGUGGAAGAAUUGGAGAAGAUAACGAAAGAAAAGGAUGAAACAUUGUUGGUUAGGGAAGAAGAGAAGAGGGAAGCCAUAAGGCAGCUCUGCCUGUUGAUUGACUACCAUCGCAGCCGCUGUGACUAUCUAAAGAAAUUUAUAUCAAAGUUAGCUCACAAUAAUUAUGAUUCCCGACAACAGCUGGAGUGCCCUAUGUCAAAUCUUAGAAGCAAAUUCUUCUUCUUCUUAAUCAAACUUUGGAGCUCUGACUCGGAGAAACUUAGCAAAGCUUCCGAUGCAAGAUUGAUAGAGGCAAGAGAAGGAAAGUCUCAGCUCACCGUUUUCCAAAUAAUGGCCGUCUUUUAUCGUUCCAAAUCAGCUUUCUUUAUUUCUGUGUGGGUGAUUCCGUUCCCCAGUGAAUGUGAUGAUAAGCAACAAAGAGGGGCCUCCAUCCGUACAACACCAUUGUUACUGGUAGAAAAUUUGCUUCUGAAUAGGCCAUCAUUUAGGGUUCUUAUGACAUUUUAUGUUUACAACUUUUGCAAUCAAUCCGCUUGUGUUAAGAGUUUGCUGUAUAGUUUCUGUUUGACAUGGAAGUCUAUAAAGUUCUUCUUGAGGCAUCAUGUUGAUCCAGAAAAGGAUGAACAGCUUAAAGGAAGUAAAAUAGAAAUUGAUGACAAAGUGACAAAAAUAUUGAAGCUCAUCAACAAUGAAGAAGUUGAAGAAAAUGAUGGGAUCUCAAUAGCUAACCCCAAGAAGGAACUGCUUGUCCAGUUAAUUGAGGAUUUCUACAAACACUACCAAAAUCUCUAUGCACAAUAUGAUCAUCUCACGGGGAAGCUGAGGAAAAAAGUUCAUGGCAAACGAGAAAAUGUUGCCUCCUCAUCGUCGAGUUCAGAUUCAGACUCCGAUUAUUCUUCAAAAGAUGGAGGCAGUAAAGAUGGACCAUCGGAAAACAAAUUUCAGAAAAUAGCAGAAGGUAUUAAGCAAGAACUUGAAACAGAAAAUCUGGAAAUUGCUGACCUUAAGAGUAAACUGACAGAUACAAGUGAAGAAAAAGAUGCUUUAAAUUCUGAUUAUCUAGCUUCUUUAAGCAAGUUGCAAGAUGCGGAGGAAAUCAUCACGAAUCUGAAGCUUGAAUCUGAGAGAUCAGAGAGUGAAAAAUCAAAACUUGUAGUUGAGAAUGAAGAGCUGAGGUGUAAACUGGACACUGCUGCUAAGAUAGAAGCUGAGGUGAAGCAAAGAUUGGAAGAUCUGAAUAGAGAGAACAAUAACUUAAUUCUAGAGAAAGAGGCUGCUGCUAAAAGAAUUGAAGAUGGUGAGAAGUUUACAGAGGAGCUUAGAAGAGAAGUUGAUCGGCUGAAAGAGGAAAAUAUAACUCUAAAGCAAGAGCUAAAAAGUGCAGGGGGGGAAUUUUCCAAUAUGCAACAACAGCUGGAAUCUACUGAACAGCAAGUUUCAGAAUUGAGCCACAGUCUUAAUGCUACAGUGGAAGAGAAUAAAUCCCUGAACUCGAAACUUUCUGAGGUUUCAAAUGAGAGUCAGCUGGCACAGGGCACAAUACAACAACUCAUGGCUGAAAUAAGUCAGUCAAAGAAGGAACUGGGUGAGAAAGAAACGGAACUUUUGAUGCUCAAAGAGUUGCAUGAGGUGUACGGGAAUCAAUCAUCUGCUCAGAUAAAAGAAUUAGAGGCACAAAUGACAAGCAUGGAACUCAAGUUUGAAUCAUUGCGAGUAACAAACAGAGAUAUGGAGCUUCAGGUAGAGAACAAAGCAAGUGAAGCAAAACAGCUGGGAGAGCAAAAUAUAGGACUGCAAUCCCAAAUUUCUGAACUUGAGGUGAUGUCAAAAAAGAGAGCAGAAGAACUCUUAUCUCUCACAAAGAAAUUUGAGGAUAGUGAGAAAGAAUCAUUGUCUAAAACGGAGAAUUUGACAGUGCAGAUCAACAAUCUGUUAGUGGACAUGGAGUCACUACGCACCCAGAAAGCUCAGUUGGAAGAACAUAUUGUAUUUAAAGGUGAUGAGGCAUCCACUGAAAUCAAGAGCUUAAUGGGUCAGAUAAAUACAUUGCAGCAGGAGCUGGAGUCCCUGCACAGGCAGCAAGCAGAAAUGGAAGUGCAGCUUGAGAGAAAAACUCAAGCUAUUUCAGAUUAUGUGAUUGACAUAGAAAAGGCAAAAGAAGAGAUAGUAAGCAAGAUCAAGGAUCAACAACGAGAUCUGCAGGAGAAAGACGGUUUGCUGGCACAAGUAAAGGAUCUGGAAUUUGAGGUCAGUUCUCUAAAGAAUCUGAAAGGUGAACUGGAAGAGAACUUAAGAGCUAAAAUGGAAGACAAUGGUCAGUGGAGGGAGGAAAAGGUGGGUUUACAGGUUCAGAUAAAAGAAUUAGAGGCACAAGUGACAAGCUUGGAACUCAAGUUGGAAUCAUUGCAGGCAACAAACAGAGAUAUGGAGCUGCAGAUAGAGAACAAAGCAAGUGAAACAAAAAAGCUGGGAGAGCAAAACAUAGGACUGCAAUCCCAAAUUUCUGAACUUGAGGUGAUGUCAAAAAAGAGAGAAGAAGAAUUCUUAUCUCUCACAAAGAAAUUUGAGGAUAGUGAGAAAGAAUUGUCGUCUAGAGCAGAGAAUUUGACAGUGCAGAUCAACAAUCUGUUAGUGGACAUGGAGUCACUGCACACCCAGAAAGCUCAGUUGGAAGAACAUAUUGUAUUUAAAGGUGAUGAAGCAUCGACUGAAAUCAAGAGCUUAAUGGGUCAGAUAUAUACAUUGCAGCAGGAGCUGGAGUCCCUGCACAGGCAGAAAGCAGAACUGAAAGUGCAGCUUGAGAGAAAAACUCAAGCUAUUUCAGAUUAUGAGAUUGACAUAGAAAAGGCAAAAGAAGAGAUAGUCAGCAAGAUCAAGGAUCAACAGAGAGAUCUGCAGGAGAAAGAAGGUUUGCUGGCACAAGUGAAGGAUCUGGAAUUUGAGGUCAGUUCUCUAAAGAAUCUGAAAGGUGAACUGGAAGAGGACUUAAGAACAACAAUGGAAGACAAUGGUCAGUUGAGGGAGGAAAAGGUGGGUUUACAGGUUCAGAAAAAAGAAUUAGAGGCACAAGUGACAAGCUUGGAACUCGAGUUGGAGUCAUUGCAGGCAACAAACAGAGAUAUGGAACUGCAGAUAGAGAACAAAGCAAGUGAAGCAAAACAGCUGGGAGAGCAAAACAUAGGACUGCAAUCCCAAAUUUCUGAACUUGAGUUGAUGUCAAAAAAGAGAGAAGAAGAACUCUUAUCUCUCACAAAGAAAUUUGAGGAUAGUGAGAAGGAAUCGUUGUCAAGAGGGGAGAAUUUGACAGUGCAGAUCACCAAUCUGUUAGUGGAAAUGGAGUCACUACGCACCCAGAAAGCUCAGUUGGAAGAACAUAUUGUAUUUAAAGGUGAUGAAGCAUCGACUGAAAUCAAGAGCUUAAUGGGUCAGAUAAAUACAUUGCAGCAGGAGCUGGAGUCCCUGCACGGGCAGAGAGCAGAACUGGAAGUGCAGCUUGAGAGAAAAACUCAAGCUAUUUCAGAUUAUGAGAUUGACAUAGAAAAGGCAAAAGAAGAGAUAGUCAGCAAGAUCAAGGAUCAACAGAGAGAUCUGCAGGAGAAAAAAGGUUUGCUGGCACAAGUGAAGGAUCUGGAAUUUGAGGUCAGUUCUCUAAAGAAUCUGAAAGGUGAACUGGAAGAGGACUUAAGAACUAAAAUGGAAGACAAUGGUCAGUUGAGGGAGGAAAAGGUGGGUUUACAGGUUCAGAUAAAAGAAUUAGAGGCACAAGUGACAAGCUUGGAACUCGAGUUGGAGUCAUUGCAGGCAACAAACAGAGAUAUGGAACUGCAGAUAGAGAACAAAGCAAGUGAAGCAAAACAGCUGGGAGAGCAAAACAUAGGACUGCAAUCCCAAAUUUCUGAACUUGAGUUGAUGUCAAAAAAGAGAGAAGAAGAACUCUUAUCUCUCACAAAGAAAUUUGAGGAUAGUGAGAAGGAAUCGUUGUCAAGAGUGGAGAAUUUGACAGUGCAGAUCACCAAUCUGUUAGUGGACAUGGAGUCACUACGCACCCAGAAAGCUCAGUUGGAAGAACAUAUUGUAUUUAAAGGUGAUGAAGCAUCGACUGAAAUCAAGAGCUUAAUGGGUCAGAUAAAUACAUUGCAGCAGGAGCUGGAGUCCCUGCACGGGCAGAAAGCAGAACUGGAAGCGCAGCUUGAGAGAAAAACUCAAGCUAUUUCAGAUUAUGAGAUUGACAUAGAAAAGGCAAAAGAAGAGAUAGUCAGCAAGAUCAAGGAUCAACAGAGAGAUCUGCAGGAGAAAGAAGGUUUGCUGGCACAAGUGAAGGAUCUGGAAUUUGAGGUCAGUUCUCUAAAGAAUCUGAAAGGUGAACUGGAAGAGGACUUAAGAACUAAAAUGGAAGACAAUGGUCAGUUGAGGGAGGAAAAGGUGGGUUUACAGGUUCAGAUAAAAGAAUUAGAGGCACAAGUGACAAGCUUGGAACUCGAGUUGGAGUCAUUGCAGGCAACAAACAGAGAUAUGGAACUGCAGAUAGAGAACAAAGCAAGUGAAGCAAAACAGCUGGGAGAGCAAAACAUGGGACUGCAAUCCCAAAUUUCUGAACUUGUGUUGAUGUCAAAAAAGAGAGAAGAAGAACUCUUAUCUCUCACAAAGAAAUUUGAGGAUAGUGAGAAGGAAUUGUUGUCAAGAGUGGAGAAUUUGACAGUGCAGAUCACCAAUCUGUUAGUGGACAUGGAGUCACUACGCACCCAGAAAGCUCAGUUGGAAGAACAUAUUGUAUUUAGAGGUGAUGAAGCAUCGACUGAAAUCAAGAGCUUAAUGGGUCAGAUAAAUACAUUGCAGCAGGAGCUGGAGUCCCUGCACGGGCAGAAAGCAGAACUGGAAGUGCAGCUUGAGAGAAAAACUCAAGCUAUUUCAGAUUAUGAGAUUGACAUAGAAAAGGCAAAAGAAGAGAUAGUCAGCAAGAUCAAGGAUCAACAGAGAGAUCUGCAGGAGAAAGAAGGUUUGCUGGCACAAGUGAAGGAUCUGGAAUUUGAGGUCAGUUCUCUAAAGAAUCUGAAAGGUGAACUGGAAGAGGACUUAAGAACUAAAAUGGAAGACAAUGGUCAGUUGAGGGAGGAAAAGGUGGGUUUACUGGUUCAGAUAAAAGAAUUAGAGGCACAAGUGACAAGCUUGGAACUUGAGUUGGAAUCGUUGAAGGCAACAAACAGAGAUAUGGAGCUGCGGAUAGAGAACAAAGCAAGUGAAGCAAAACAGCUGGGAGAGCAAAACGUAGGACUGCAAUCCCAAAUUUCUGAACUUGAGUUGAUGUCAAAAAAGAGAGAAGAAGAACUCUUAUCUCUCACAAAGAAAUUUGAGGAUAGUGAGAAGGAAUCGUUGUCAAGAGUGGAGAAUUUGACAGUGAAGAUCACCAAUCUGUUGGUGGAAAUGGAGUCACUACGCACCCAGAAAGCUCAGUUGGAAGAACAUAUUGUAUUUAAAGGUGAUGAAGCAUCGACUGAAAUCAAGAGCUUAAUGGGUCAGAUAAAUACAUUGCAGCAGGAGCUGGAGUCCCUGCACGGGCAGAAAGCAGAACUGGAAGUGCAGCUUGAGAGAAAAACUCAAGCUAUUUCAGAUUAUGAGAUUGACAUAGAAAAGGCAAAAGAAGAGAUGGUAAGCAAGAUCAAGGAUCAACAGAGAGAUCUGCAGGAGAAAGAAGGUUUGCUGGCACAAGUGAAGGAUCUGGAAUUUGAGGUCAGUUCUCUAAAGAAUCUGAAAGGUGAACUGGAAGAGGACUUAAGAACUAAAAUGGAAGACAAUGGUCAGUUGAGGGAGGAAAAGGUGGGUUUACAGGUUCAGAAAAAAGAAUUAGAGGCACAAGUGACAAGCUUGGAACUCGAGUUGGAGUCAUUGCAGGAAACAAACAGAGAUAUGGAACUGCAGAUAGAGAACAAAGCAAGUGAAGCAAAACAGCUGGGAGAGCAAAACAUAGGACUGCAAUCCCAAAUUUCUGAACUUGAGUUGAUGUCAAAAAAGAGAGAAGAAGAACUCUUAUCUGUCACAAAGAAAUUUGAGGAUAGUGAGAAGGAAUCGUUGUCAAGAGUGGAGAAUUUGACAGUGCAGAUCACCAAUCUGUUAGUGGACAUGGAGUCACUACGCACCCAGAAAGCUCAGUUGGAAGAACAUAUUGUAUUUAAAGGUGAUGAAGCAACGACUGAAAUCAAGAGCUUAAUGGGUCAGAUAAAUACAUUGCAGCAGGAGCUGGAGUCCCUGCACAGGCAGAAAGCAGAACUGGAAGUGCAGCUUGAGAGAAAAACUCAAGCUAUUUCAGAUUAUGAGAUUGACAUAGAAAAGGCAAAAGAAGAGAUGGUAAGCAAGAUCAAGGAUCAACAGAGAGAUCUGCAGGAGAAAGAAGGUUUGCUGGCACAAGUGAAGGAUCUGGAAUUCGAGGUUAGUUCUCUAAAGAAUCUGAAAGGUGAACUGGAAGAGGACUUAAGAACUAAAAUGGAAGAGAAUGGCCAGUGGAGGGAGGAAAAGAUGGGUUUACAGGCUCAGAUAAAAGAAUUAGAGGCACAAGUGACAAGCUUGGAACUCGAGUCAGAAUCAUUGCAGACAACAAACAGAGAUAUGGAGCUGCAGAUAGAGAACAAAGCAAGUGAAGCAAAACAGCUGGGAGAGCAAAACAUGGAACUGCAAUUCCAAAUUUCCAAACUUGAGGUGAUGUCAAAAAAGAGAGAAGAAGAACUCUUAUCUCUCACAAAGAAAUUCGAGGAUAAUGAGAAGGAAUCAUUGUCUAGAGCGGAGAAUUUGACAGUGCAGAUCAACAAUCUGUUAGUGGACAUGGAGUCACUACGUACCCAGAAAGCUCAGUUGGAAGAACAUAUUGUAUUUAAAGGUGAUGAAGCAUCGACUGAAAUCAAGAGCUUAAUGGGUCAGAUAAAUACAUUGCAGCACGAGCUGGAGUCCCUGCACGGGCAGAAAGCAGAACUGGAAGUGCAGCUUGAGAGAAAAACUCAAGCUAUUUCAGAUUAUGAGAUUGACAUAGAAAAGGCAAAAGAAGAGAUAGUAAGCAAGACCAAGGAUCAACAGAGAGAUCUGCAGGAGAAAGAAGGCUUGCUGGCACAAGUGAAGGAUCUGGAAUUUGAGGUCAGUUCUCUAAAGAAUCUGAAAGGUGAACUGGAAGAGGACUUAAGAACUAAAAUGGAAGACAAUGGUCAGUUGAGGGAGGAAAAGGUGGGUUUACAGGUUCAGAUAAAAGAAUUAGAGGCACAAGUGACAAGCUUGGAACUCGAGUUGGAAUCAUUGCAGGCAACAAACAGAGAUAUGGAGCUGCAGAUAGAGAACAAAGCAAGUGAAGCAAAACAGCUUGGAAAGCAAAACAUGGGACUGCAAUCCCAAAUUUCUGAACUUGAGGUGAUGUCAAAAAAGAGAGAAGAAGAACUCUUAUCUCUCACAAAGAAAUUUGAGGAUAGUGAGAAGGAAUCGUUGUCAAGAGUGGAGAAUUUGACAGUGCAGAUCACCAAUCUGUUAGUGGACAUGGAGUCACUACGCACCCAGAAAGCUCAGUUGGGAAGAAGAACAUAUUCAGGAGUGAUUCCCUGCACAGGCAGAAAGCAGAACUGGAAGUGCCAGCUUGAGAGAAAAACUCAAGCUAUUUCAGAUUAUUGA